CAAAAGAUACAGAUAUUGUGGAUGAAGCCAUCUAUUACUUCAAGGCCAAUGUCUUCUUCAAGAACUAUGAAAUUAAGAAUGAAGCUGAUAGGACCUUGAUAUAUAUCACCCUCUACAUUUCUGAGUGUCUAAAGAAACUCCAAAAGUGCAAUUCCAAAAGCCAAGGUGAGAAAGAAAUGUAUACCCUGGGAAUCACUAAUUUUCCCAUUCCUGGAGAGCCUGGUUUUCCACUUAAUGCAAUUUAUGCCAAACCU